AUGCUGUGCAACAAAGUGUUAACCGUCCGCGCCUCCAGCAGCCUCGGAGGUAAUCCUCCUCUCUCCCUCCUCUCCCAGCCCAAUUCGUGCCCACUGGCAACGGUCUGGAAUGCGCCCCGCUGCCGCUUCGACGGCAACCAGCAGCCCCCCCGCCGCGCCGCGCCGACCCCGGCUGCCCACUCAGGAAUUCACCUGGAGGACGCAGUGGCAGAGAGGCCGGCCCCUUAUACCAACGUGAUCAUGCCCAGCCUGUUCAGCAUCAUCUGCUUCCUGGGCAUUGUUGGGAACCUCAUUGUCAUCUACACCAUUGUCAAGAAGAAGAAGCUGAGGUGCAAACAGACCGUGCCUGACAUCUUUAUCUUCAACCUCUCCAUCGUGGACCUGCUCUUCCUGCUGGGCAUGCCCUUCCUCAUCCACCAGCUCCUCGGCAAUGGCUCCUGGUACUUUGGAGCUCCUCUGUGCACCAUCAUCACUGCUUUGGACACUAACAGUCAAAUCACCAGCACCAACAUCCUGAUGGUAAUGACCCUUGACCGUUACCUGGCAACUGUCUACCCUCUGAAAUCCACCUAUGUCCGAACGCCCUGUGUAGCAGCCUUAGUCAUCUGUUUGGUGUGGCUCCUAUCCUUCCUUACAAUCAUUCCCGUGUGGAUGUACACGGGCCUGAUGCCUCUGGACGAUGGGACUGUCCGCUGUGCUCUCCUCCUUCCCAACCCCGAGACUGAUAUCUACUGGUUCACCCUCUACCAGUUCAUGCUGGCCUUUGCCAUCCCCUUGAUUGUCAUCUGUGUGGUUUAUUUUAAGAUCCUCCAGCACAUGGCUACCACCGUGGUCCCCCUGCCCCAAAGGAGCCUCCAGGUACGUACCAAGAAAGUCACCCGCAUGGCUGUUGCCAUCUGCUCUGCCUUUUUCAUUUGCUGGGCCCCCUUCUACAUCCUGCAGCUCGUGCACCUGGGCAUCGACACGCCUUCCAUCGCCUUCUUCUAUGCCUACAACUUUGCCAUAAGUUUGGGCUAUGCCAAUAGCUGCCUCAACCCUUUCCUCUACAUAGCCCUGAGUGAGACCUUCAAGCACCAGUUCAUGGUGGCCAUUCGUCCGGCCAAGGAGCAGGUCCGCAACAGCAGCUCCAUCAACAACAACAGCACGACAGAGGCCAGCGUGUGCUUGAAGCUUGCACCCGAAUCCACUCAGCAGACUCAGUUUCUGGAGGACUUUUCCCCACACUCACUGCCUGUGACAGUUGCUGUUCACUAGUAACCAUGUGGUCACACCUCUGGAAGGUCUUGGCUUCUUUUCUGAGAAUACCACAAAACACGGAGAAGCAGCAGUGUCUGGUGACACCAAUGUCGGCACGCCUCCAUUUCAGACACAAUCAACCUUGUCCUCUCUCAUUGUAGGGCUCUGCUCUCAGCUUACCUUAGAUCUAAGAGCUACUGCAUACUGCUGCUUAGCUUCACUGACAGGUAUUAGGGACUCAUUUCUAUCUCAUGCAAAACACUAGGCUCCCACCGUGGGAAGAAAGGGAGAGAGAGAAAACAUAAAAUGAGAGGCUGUUUCAGAAGGGCAUUUGUUGGCACUGAAGUGUAAGCCCUAUGCCAGCCAUUAGCAAGGUGCAUGCAAAUGGUUUCUUCUUGCUCACCACUUUUUCUGGGCACAAGCCGAUACAGAUAUUCUGCCUUUAAAACUGGAAGCUUUUAAAAAGAAGUAUUUUAACAAGAAAAACUCUCUGUGAACUUUCUGAGACCUGUGCUGAAAUACUAGAAGCAAGCAGAGUAGGUACUGCUCAGCACAGCAGCCUCCAAAGUGCCUGAGAACCAAACCCACAAAUGUUAGGAAGGAAACGUCUGCAGUCGGCUGCCUUGCCAAGAUCUGCUGGAUUUUUGGCCAAGUCCCACCUGCUUCCAAAGAGUUGUUUUGCAUGGACAGCCUACAAAUAUUCAUGAGUUGGAUGCUGGGGACCGUCAGAAACUGUCUGUAUAUAUUUGUUCGCAAAAUCAGGUCCUCUGGCAGGAACUGAUUGUAUCGCUUCAAGGGAUUUCAGAUAGUUCCUCAAAGCUGCUGCUCCUUAUUUCAGAUCUAUUGAUACUUGUGCCAUUAAGCCUGUUUCCCUGCUAAGUCCUCCUGCUGCUCCAUCUGUGCCCCUCUGUCUGCCCAGCCAUCAGAGAACAUUACCCAGGCAGCUUUUUAGGAGUUCCUCCAAAAAAUAAUGGGUGCGAACAGAUACAGAGGACUGCAAUGCAAGGUGAUGGGAGAAGGUAGCUGUGAGGAAACAGCUGCCUUUGUGACUUCCUGAAAAUAAUACUACCAAUUAAAACAAAAGGGUCUGCAUCUUGCAAGCACAAAGACUUUGAGGUAACUCCACUUCUUAGAAGGACUGGUGAAGAGACGGUGUGGAUCAGCUCACUGCUGGAGAUUACACUGAUGGACUGUGGAGUCUUCCUAGGAGACAGAAUCAGGAAUUCUUAAGUAGCUUGUUAAACAAGGAGAAGUUCACUGUUGUAGAUUAACUGUAUGUAAAAGUAGUGCUCAAACCACAUGGCGUAUGAUGCAUAGGAACUCAUCCGCAUGCUCAAAGCUCUCUACCAGGGGUGGGCAAAAUGCGGCCCGCGGGCUGGAUGCAACCUGC